UCUGAGUGCAGCAGAGAGUCUAGGAUUCCAGAGGAAGUGGAGGCCUCCCGCUCCACACAGGAAACAAUCUUCAAGCAGGCCUUAAAUGCCAGAUUCCAGGCCGAGUUUAACUAACCACUGACAGCUCUGUAAACAAAGCAAGGACAAAAAGGGCCCGCUUCCCCUUUUCUGGUAGUCAUUUUGGGUUUGGGGGCUGCAGGGGAAUUCUGGAAUACUUGACUCCAUGGCACAGAAACGCAGGGGAAGCAGCCUCCUCAGUUGAAGAGCUGGAAAGGGAAGAUCUUUCUGGGAUUAAAACCAUCACGGAGGAGAUCCAGACAUUAUCUGGUCUCCCGAAACCUGAAACCACACCAUGGAUGAUUUUGAACGUCGCAGAGAACUUAGGAGGCAAAAGCGGGAAGAGAUGCGCCUCGAAGCAGAAAGAAUCGCCUACCAGAGGAACGACGAUGAUGAGGAAGAGGCCGCCCGGGAACGGCGCCGCCGAGCCCGGCAGGAAAGGCUGCGGCAGAAGCAAGAGGAAGAAUCCUUGGGGCAGGUGACUGACCAGGUGGAGGUUAAUGCCCAGAACAGUGUGCCUGAUGAGGAGGUCAAGACAACCACCACAAACACUCAGGUGGAGGGCGAUGAUGAGGCUGUACUUCUGGAGCGCCUGGCUCGGCGGGAGGAGAGACGCCAAAAACGCCUUCAGGAAGCGCUGGAGCGGCAGAAGGAGUUCGACCCAACAGUAACAGAUGCAAGUUCGUCUCUACCAAGCAGAAGAAUGCAAAACAACACGGCAGAAAAUGAAACUGCAGGGAAGGAAGAAAAAAGUGAAAGUCGCCGAGAAAGAUAUGAGAUAGAAGAAACUGAAAUAGUCACAAAGUCCUACCAGAAGAAUGAUUGGAGGGAUGCUGAAGAAAAAAAGAAAGAAGAAAAAGAAAAGGAGGAAGAGGAAGAAGAGAAGCCAAAGCAAGGGAGCGUUGAAGAAAAUCAGGUAGAGGUGAGGGUAGAAGAGAAAACAACAGAAACCCAAGAGGAAACCGUGGUAAUGUCAUUGAAAAAUGGGCAGAUCAGUGCAGAAGAGCCUAAAAUAGAGGAGGAGAGGGAACAAGGUUCAGAUGAGACUACCCAUCAUGAAAAAGUGGAAGAGGCAGAAAGGGAAAGAGCUGAGGCAGAGAGGGCCAGGUUGGAAGCCGAAGAAAGAGAAAGAAUUAAAGCUGAGCAAGACCAAAAGAUAGCAGAGGAGAAAGCAAGGAUGGAAGCAGAAGAAAACGCAGCUGCACAAGAGAGAGAAAGAAGGGAGGCAGAGGAGAGGGAAAGAAGAGAGGCAGAGGAGAGGGAAAGAAGAGAGGCAGAGGAGAGGGAAAGAAGAGAGGCAGAGGAGAGGGAAAGAAGAGAGGCAGAGGAGAGGGAAAGAAGGGAGGCAGAGGAGAGGAAAAGAAAGGAGGCAGAGGAGAGGAAAAGAAGGGAGGCAGAGGAGAGGGAAAGAAUUAAGGAGGAAGAGAGAAGAGCAGCAGAGGAGAGGCAGAGGGCAAAGGCAGAAGAAGAGAAAGCUAAGAUAGAAGAACAGAAAAUUAAGAAGCAGCUAGAAGAGAAAAGAAGUGUUUUGCCAGAGAAAAAGCUAAAAGGGGCAAAGGUAGAAGAGAAAACAGAAGGGAAAUGGGUAAAUGACAAGAAAGUACAAGAAGAUAAACUUCAGACAGCUGUCCUAAAGAAACAGGAAGAAGAAAAAAGGGCUAAAGUGCAAACUAAAAGAGAAAAGUCCCAAGAAGAUAAGCCUGCCUUCAAAAAAGAAGAGAUCAAAGAUGAGAAGAUUAAAAAGGACAAAGAGCGCAAAGAAGAAGUUAAGAGCUUCUUGGAUGGAAAGAAGGGAUUUACAGAAGUGAAGUCGCAGAAUGGAGAAUUCAUGACCCACAAACUUAAACACACUGAGAAUGCUUUCAGCCGCCCAGGAGGGAGGGCGAGCGAGGCCAGGGAGGCUGAAGGCGCUUCCCAAGUGGAAGCCGGCAAGCGCCUGGAGGAGCUUCGCCGCCGCCGCGGGGAAACCGAGAGCGAAGAGUUCGAGAAGCUCAAACAGAAGCAGCAGGAGGCGGCCUUGGAGCUGGAGGAGCUGAAGAAAAAGAGGGAGGAGCGAAGGAAGGUUCUGGAGGAGGAAGAGCAGAAGAGGAAGCAGGAGGAAGUGGAGAGAAAAGUCAGAGAGGAGGAAGAGAAGAGGAGGCUAAAGGAAGAGAUUGAAAGGCGAAGGGCAGAAGCUGCUGAGAAACGCCAGAAGAUGCCAGAAGAUGGCCUAUCAGAUGACAAGAAGCCAUUCAAAUGUUUCACUCCCAAAGGUUCAUCACUCAAGAUAGAAGAGCGAGCAGAAUUUUUGAAUAAGUCUGUGCAGAAAAGCAGUGGUGUCAAAUCAACUCAUCAAGCAGCAGUGGUCUCCAAGAUUGACAGCAGACUGGAACAAUACACCAGUGCAAUUGAGGGAACAAAAAGUGCGAAACCUACAAAGCCCGCGGCUUCAGAUCUUCCUGUCCCUGCCGAAGGUGUACGCAAUAUCAAGAGCAUGUGGGAGAAGGGGAAUGUGUUUUCGUCCCCUGCUGCUUCAGGCACACCAAAUAAGGAAACUGCUGGCUUGAAGGUGGGGGUUUCCAGCCGCAUCAAUGAAUGGCUCACCAAAACCCCAGACGGAAACAAGUCACCUGCUCCCAAACCUUCUGAUUUGAGGCCAGGAGAUGUAUCUGGCAAGCGGAACCUCUGGGAAAAGCAAUCUGUGGAUAAGGUCACUUCCCCCACUAAGCAGGUUUGAGAGAGUUCAAGAAAGAACCCAAAGUAGCCACUCAAGAUGCUGGACCAGCUCACUGAAGAGGGCUGAUUUGCUCUGUUUUAUAUUUAUGUUGAUUUACUAAAUUGAGCUCAUUUCCUUUUGUUUUAUUUUUCAUUAUCCCAGUAAACCUAUGUAUAUUAUCACUAUAUUUAAUAAUCACAGUCUAGAGAUGUUCAUGGUAAAAGUACUGCCUUUGCACAGGAGCCUGUUUCUAAAGAAACCCAUGCUGUGAAAUAGAGACUUUUCUACUGAUCAUCAUAACUCUGUGUCUGAACAGUGAUACCAGCCACAUCGAAAGUCAACAAAAGGAGAUUCGAGUUGAAAAUUGCCUGAGGAAUGUGUGCAGUAUCCAGAAAAACAAACCGUAGUGGUUUUAUUUUUUAAUUUUAAAUACAGAAGUCAUGUUGUUUCUGCACUUUAGAAUAAAGCAUGGAAGAAAUUAUCUUCGUAGGCAAUUGUAACACUUUCUGAAAGUAAACCGUUUCAGAUUUGAGAUCCUGAAAUAGUGAUUGUCUUUAAAAAAAAAUGUACUGUUAAGGUAUUACUUUUUUCAUGCUGAUGAAUAUCUAAAUUGGAUUAUGAUGUUAGCUGACAGUGGUACUGAUUUCUUUAGGUUGGUUGCUUUGUGGAUUUCUUUGGUAGUGAUAGUGAACCACAUUUUAGAUGACCUGAUGAUGUAUGUAUGUGCAUACACGUAUACAAACACACGAAUGGUAGAAAGCUUUUUUAUGUGUUAGACUAUUAUAUUUAGCAAUAUGUCAUUGUAACUAGCCAAUAUCACAGCUUUUUAAAAAUUAAAAAUCACAAUAUUAUAUUAAUAUUUCAUAUUUGCCAAUAGAGACAUGGCAGAAUAGGUAUUGAUAUGUUUCCAAUCCCCGAUAACCUGUAAGAAAAAAGAGAGAUUAGAAGUGUCAAAAUGAGUUGACAUUUUCUAUAAAACAUAGUAUUUAGUUUAGAAUUAAAAGCAAUCUUGAAGUCCAGUGUGAAUUUUACUAAAUCUAUCAUCUGGGUCAAACUCAAAGCUUGCUCAAAACUUCAUUCUUAACAAUCAAGUUCACAGUAGGUUGGCUUAGAUAAUAUCUGAGGUCUCUUCCUUCUCUAAAAUUUAAA